GCAACGGUAGCCUUCAGCUGUCUGGGAACUGAGCAGCUGUCACACUUUUAUGUGUUCACGCCUAGCAAACAACUCGUCCUGUUCCUUUAUAUAAGGCUUUGCCAGAAUGGCUCGCGGGCAUCAAAAGCUUCAGUCUCAGCAGAAAAAUGCGAAGAAACAGGCCGAGAUGAAAAAGGCCAAGGGUCAUGAUCAAAAGACGGCAGCCAAGGCAGCGCUAGUGUUCACCUGCGCUGUGUGCAGGUCCCAGAUGCCUGACCCCAAAACCUUCAAGCAACACUUCGAGAGCAAGCACCCGAAAUCCCCUCUGCCCUCUGAGUUAGAGGGAGUGGAGGCAUAAACGGUCACCCUGGAUACCAAACCGAUUUCCUUCAAGGCCCUGCACCAACUCUGCACUUGUCUCAGUCUGACAGCAAUGGAUGAUUUGAUGUAAUUAACAUGAAGCAGUUAUCUUAAUUUAGGCUCUUACAGGCCAGGUUGCCUUUAACACAAUGCUUCCUCCCAUCCAGUACUCUUUUCGCUUGUGUUUUAAUACAUACAGAACUAAACUUAAACACCAGUUAUAAUUUCAGGGCAACUGAAGACCUGUAUGAUUCAGGAACAAUCUAAGUGGUGAAUGAAGAUUUCUCUCUUUAUUCCCACAGUUCUUCAAAACAGAUGCCUCACUGCCCCGAUGUGUUGUGCACAUAGGAGUAUUUCUUGCUGCUACCUCUCGUACCUCUCUAUCCGAACCUUUGAUGGGUUAAAUAAACCUUUAUGGCAAAUAUGACACAUGAGGUAAUGCAUACAGCAUCCUUUAACAAAGCAUGGAUUUCACUUGGGUGGGAAAAUUCAGAUUUUAUAUUUACUUUGAGUAUUGGAUCAAAAAGGAGGCUUUGACAUUUCUUCUCAUAUAAGUUGUUUAAUAUGUAAUUAUUCCACAGUGCUGUCUGCCAUAUAAUACUGCAAUCUUUCAUCUAGAUAAUAACAAUGUUUUGUUGGGUCACAAAAAUGUGAAAUUUUUCACCAUUUCCAAACUGCUACAUGAGUUGCAAGUUAAUAAAAUUUAAAGGGAGCGUGUCAGCAACACGUAAACGCUUGGGAAAUGAACGCUUCAAUGAUGUAUUAUAGCAUUUUUAAUAAAAUUUUACUUUGUUGUA